CCGUAAACCCUAAUCUUCACUCCGCUCUCUCUGAUACAGCGUCUGCAACCGGCUGGGUAAGAUCAAUGUCUUACUGCACUAUUCAAUUUCUUUUAUUCGGUACACGGAUAUCUGAUCGGAUCGAUUGCUCUAAUCGUGGUUUGAGUUUCUGAGGAUAUUUUACUUUUCCCCUUGCAGUAGCCAUACACAUAAAUUUUUACCAACAAUGGCGGUUGCAUUCCAUGGUCUCAACACACCAGCUGGUCUCAAGAAACUCGAUGAGUACCUUCUCACUCGCAGUUACAUCACCGGAUACCAAGCUUCUAAGGACGAUAUUACCGUCUACUCGGCAAUUCCCGGUGCCCCAUCAUCUGAUUUGGUCAACGUCACUAGAUGGUUCAAGCACAUCGAUGCACUUUUGAGGAUUUCUGGUGUUACUGGAGAAGGAUCUGGAGUUACUAUUCUGGGAUUUGCUCCUGUUGCUGAAGCAGUUGCAACUCCUCCUACGGGAGACACUAAGGCUGCCGCUGCUGCUGAUGACGACGACGACGACGUGGAUCUGUUUGGUGAGGAGACCGAAGAGGAAAAGAAGGCUGCAGAAGAGCGUGCAGCUUCUGUUAAGGCAUCUUCUAAAAAGAAAGAGUCUGGUAAGUCUUCUGUUCUGAUGGAUGUUAAGCCAUGGGAUGAUGAGACUGACAUGAAAAAGCUCGAGGAAGCAGUCAGAGGUGUUGAGAUGGAAGGACUAUUCUGGGGAGCAUCCAAGCUUGUUGCAGUUGGGUAUGGUAUUAAGAAAUUGCAGAUCAUGCUUACCAUUGUGGAUGACCUAGUGUCUGUUGAUACUCUCAUUGAGGAACGAUUGACUGUGGAGCCAAUCAAUGAAUAUGUCCAGAGCUGUGACAUCGUUGCCUUCAACAAGAUCUGUGAGUAUACUGACUGUGCUGAUGCAUUCUUAUCACUUCACGAUUGCACAUUGGGUCCAACAAGUGCAGCAGGUCUCAUUUUUUGUCGCCCGAAUGUUGUUUGCAGAAACAGAGGGGGUGGAUGAUAACUGGGACUGAGCAUUUUUGGAAGGUUUCCAAGUGGCGGAUGUGUUCUUCCUCCAAUAUGCUUAUUCCUUUUUCAUGUUUGUCAGAAGUGAAUUGCGGUUUAAUCGAACUUUAGUCAGUUUGCCUUGCAAAAUGUACUCUUUUGUUCAAUCAUAUGCUUUGAAUUUUGGUGAGCUAGAAUAAUUAUAUCUAGUGGUUGUAGCGUGGAUUGGGACUUUCUUUUAGUCGGUUUGGUGGUCUAUUCGCAGGUCAGAAGCCUCGGUGCAAGAUAUUGCUGUAGAUGGUGUUUCCAGCUGGGAAUCUUUGAAUCUGCUGCGCUGAUAGUUUUUGGGUGACUUGUUAAUGGAUAUCAUAGAUCAUGGAGUAGUUAAAAGUCAAGCACCUCGGGGGAACUUAGGAAGAUAUGUGCAAAACUAAAAAAUGGCUAUUAUAUCACAUAGCUUGUGGCACUGGGUACAAACCAAGGAUUAAAAUAAGAAUUAAAAUAUUGUACCGGCGAUUUGACCCGAGAAACCUUUUGUCGGAAGUAGAACCGAUAGUAACGGUAUAAUAUGGUUGAAUUAUGGUUAAGCCAUUAUUUUAGCAUAAAAUACCCUAUUGCUGACUUUUCCGGUAUGACCUCUAGUACGGUAUUUCAAUCCAUGGUACAAACACGCAUUUCCAAUAUUCCACCAUAUCGUCUUUUUCUUUCAAAUGGAGAAGCGACUAGUCUAGUGCUCUACACAAAGCCACAAACCACCAUUCCUCCCUCCCCUCUGCCCCUCCAUUGACGACAUGCAAAAUAUUCCAACUGACCUGACCCAACCUUCCCCGCUCCCCAAUACCACUCUACAGCCCGGCGAUUGCGAGUCAGCAUCCACUAGCUCCGCGCCUCUGUCGUUUGCCUCUAUCUGUUUGUCGUCCGUCGCUGGCUGUGGCGUUGCUGACCAUCGCUACCAUCCAUUUCUGCUGCUAGUCCUCAGGUGCCAAUGUCGACCAUCAAUGGAAAGAAGGAUGCACUAAUCAACAUGUACAGUAGUAGUGGGACGAGGAGGUGCAGUUCAGGGGGUGCAGUUCCCGGGAAUUGAUGACCCAUUGGUGGUGGUGUUGCUGGCUCUUCGGGAGGCUAUCUUGUGGUGCUUGGGCCGGGGUUUUUCUGAGGUACGAUUUGAAGGCGAUGCCCAAGUGAUUAUUGAGAAGCUCCGUAGGGAUGAGACCAGAGAUAGCCGGGUUGGGCCCAUUCUCGAAGAGGUCAGCGAUUUGUUUGCUGAGUAUACGUGGUUUAGUGUUCGAUUUGUAGGUCGGAGGAACAAUAGGGUAGCUCAUCUGGUAGCUCGCAAGACCCUUUCUUUGUACCCGACUACGAGUCGCUUCUUUGAUUUGCAGGCCUGGCUGUAUUCCGGGAUGUAUUGCCUAUAUUUCAAUCAAUACAUGAUUAUCUUUUGU